CAUUGGAAUGGCUUUGACUGAUUCGCUUGAUGAGUUGAUUCAAACAAGUCAUAUUGAUCCACAACUGGCGAUGAAGGUUCUUCUACAAGCAGGACAUCUUCAUACAUAUCGAUUCUGCGACGAAGUAUGGACGUUCAUUAUCAAGAAUCCAAAUUUCAAAUUAGAAAAUGAACAAGUUCAUGUUGAUAAAAUCAAGAUUGUAGCAU